AUGUCUCAACCUUUGGUUAAUCAAACAAAACGAUUACCAUCAACGUUUAUAGAAGAAAAUGUAUCGAUCACUUGCAUUGAACAUUUGUCAAAUGAACUUUUAUAUGAAGUUUUUGAUUAUCUUGAUGGUUGUGAAAUAUAUCGUGUAUUUUGUAAUCUAAAUUCUCGUUUUCAAUAUCUUAUCACUUGUUUAUCAUUUUUACUCAAGAUUAAAAUUCGUCCUAGAACACAAUCAGAACUUAUGCAAUCAUAUGAAAAUAUUAUUCUUCCAAAUAGACAUCGUCUUCUUUCGCUUUCUUUUGAGGAAACAAAGGUUAUCAAUGAUUUUUUUGAAAAUUGUAUUCUUGAUUCAUCAUUCAAUCGUCUUCAAUCAAUUGUUCUUAAAGAUGUUGAAGCUCACAACUCUUUAUUUGUUUUUUCUUGUCUGAAGCUUUUGCCUCAUCUUGUUUCAUUAACUAUGUCGAUGACUAUACCAUGGUUCUAUAAUCUCAAUCAUAUUUAUCGAACAAUUUUGUCUUUUCCUGCUUUGAAAUAUAAUAAAUUAUCAUUACCUCCAAUCUCUCAAUGUAACAAUCCAAAUAUCUUCAUUCCUGUGACUAUCAAUGAAAAAUUAAAUACUAUUGAAUAUUUAGUUAUCGAUCAUCAUUGUGCUUUCUUUGAACUCUAUUCUUUAAUUUAUCACACGCCUCAACUCCGUUAUCUGAUUUGUAGAAGGAUAUUAAAAAGGAGUGAUCGUUUGGCAAACGAAAAACCGAUAAUGCUACCAAAUUUGACACAUAUUUCUAUAGAUAUUUGUGUGAAAUCGCCUGAUCACUUAGGACUAUUCAUGACGAAAUUAUUCGCUCCAGUACAAGCAUUGCGUAUCAAAUAUCAUAGAAAUACAGAUCAUCUUGACGACAAUGGAUGGGAACAAUUAAUCAGAACAAAUUUACCUUAUUUGCGUAGAUUUCACUACGAAAAUCAUCAAUGCUUUUCACGUUAUGAGGAAAAUGAUUUUGAUUAUACGAAAAUCAAUCAAUUUACUUCGUCGUUUUGGGUUAAACGUCAAUGGUAUGGCAAAUUAGUAUUAAAUAUGCAUAAUAUAUGUGACUGUUGUUCAAUUUUUUCACAUGAUUCUGCAUGGUUUAUUGUUUCUAAAUAUCCAGAAAUAGUUUCAUAUUCUAAUAAGAAUAAUAUUAUAAUGUCCAAUUCACAGCCUAUGAAUAAUUUUUCCACUCAAUUUGUUCCACCUAUUGUAUUUCGUAGUAAUGAUAAUCCUACUAAACGAGAAAAUCAGUUCUUUCUUGAUAAAUUCAAAUCUGCUUUUGUUGAUAUUCAUUUUACUCAUUUGAAUAUCAAUUGCAAGAACAUCUGUAUUAAUAUGCUACUCAAAAUUAUCCAAUUAUUACCUUAUCUUAACUCAUUAAAAGUUUCAUCUUUACCAAUUAUUCAAUCGGAUUUGUUAUUUAGCAAUCAUGGAAAAAUUCUUUCUUCAACAUUGAUUAAUAAUAAAAUAACAGAAGUUAGUCUUGAAAACGUCAAUCAUAUUGAACAAGUUUAUUUUAUUCUUUAUCUAUGUCAUCGUAUGCAAUAUUUUCAAUUAGAUGUUCCGAAGGACAUAGAUCUCAAUGUGCUUGUACGAUUUAUUUUAAAGGAAUCUGCUAUAAACACUCGUUCUCUCAAUUCUUUAUAUCUUUCCAUUCCAAAUGCCAAUGAAUAUAUGAUUGAUCAAUUACAAAAACUGAUUACAUCAGAAAAACUACUAUUAAAUUUCAAUAUCAAAUGUAUUUGUAAUAAUAUUUUUGUUAAAUGGUGUUAG